GCUUUAGUAUGGUAUACUCGUAGUUUCUGUGCGUUGGUUUCGAAACUUUGAAUAUCAUUGCUAAUACUGUGACCGAUACUAGUGCGUGUAUGGGACAGAAUGGAGCUCAUAUUUGCUGUUUCAAUUGCAUGUACAGUGGUUAGUGUUAUUUGUUAUGGAGCUCAAAUUCCAGAUUGUUAUCAGAUUUAUAAAAAGAAGAACACACACAAUAUACCAUUUUUACCUUUUAUAAUAGGACUUGUUAAUACCUUUGCUAUCUUCUACUAUGGUUUCAUGCGGCAAGACAUGACCACUCUGGUUGUUAACACAAUUGGGUCUAUUUUUCAGACUUCUUAUGUUAUUAUUUAUAUACUAUUUACUGAACGUAAGGCACAGUCUUUACUGCAAUGUACUUAUGCCUGUGCAUUUCUAGCUGCCCUAUAUUUUUAUCUACACUAUGUUGUAGAAAAUGAAGUGACAGCAGCUGACAGAUUGGGACUAAUAACAGCAGUCACCUCAGUCUCUUUUAGUUUUGCACCUCUUGCUGAAGUGGCAGAUAUUGUAAAAAGCAAAUCAUCUUCUAAAUUAUCAGUGAUGCCAGCAGUCUCUAUGUUUGUAGCAUCACUCUGUUGGUAUGUGUAUGGUGUCCUUAUAGAUGAUAUUUACAUACAGCUACCAUGUUUACAGGGUAUUCUUUCAAGUCUGAUACAAUUUUUCCUGUUUUGGAUGUAUCCAUCUUCUAGUUUUUCGAAUGAGAAGACAAAAACACAAUAA